AUGUCCAGCAUGUUUUUUGCUGACUGCUUUUCCUUCGGCAAUGAUGAGCAGACCCGGGCCUAUCGAGGAUGUACAGAAGAAGGCAUGGCCAUCUAUGGAGAGGGAUGCGAUACCGGCGCGUCCUUGAAUGGGACUGUGGAAGAAUGUGGGUGCAAGUUUACUGUACUGGGCACUGGAUGCCACAAAGCCAACGAUUUCCCCGAUGAUCCCAGGCAGUUCUUUGUCUAUUUGGAUGACAUUGAGUGUGAAGACGAUAUGAUGGAUGAAGAUGUUGCUUUACCCAUGGCUGAGGGUGCCAGCGAUGUCAUUGGUGACCAAACUGACCCUGGAUCCUUCUGGGCUAUCUACCCCGAUGGCGGUGCUGCUGCUGAGUGUGUCAUGAAUCCUGGCACCAAAGUCGAUGACUCCUGCUGUGCUGCCGUGACACCACAACCUGUCAUGUCCAGCAUGUUUUUUGACGACUGCUUUUCCUUCGGCAAUGAUGAGCAGACCCGGGCCUAUCGAGGAUGUACAGAAGAAGGCAUGGCCAUCUAUGGAGAGGGCUGCGAUACUGGCGCGUCCUUGAAUGGGACUGUGGAAGAAUGUGGGUGCAAGUUUACUGUACUGGGCACUGGAUGCCACAAAGCCAACGAUUUCCCCGAUGAUCCCAGGCAGUUCUUUGUCUACUUGGAUAAUAUUGAGUGCAAAGACGAUAUGAUGGAUGAAGACCAUGAACAUGACCGUGACGACCACAAUGAGACAUCUUUGGAUGAAAAUACUCAAUCAGAAGAUGUCAGUAUGGGCUUUGACAUCAGCAGGAAAUUGGUGGCAGCUCUUGUUGGAUCUGUCAUUCUUGCCGUCUCCUGCUAA